AUGUCUGAGCUAAGGCCGUCGAGAUCGAAGCGUCCGCGCUCGACCCAAAAUUGCGGGGAAGACACAACCGAUGACCGUCCACGUCGCAUCAACAACGUACAUGAAAGCGUACAUGAAAGGGUCUCCCAUGUCGCUGAUUUGCUUCAAGAAUGGAGUUGGAGCUUCCCUCAGCUCGUCAAAUACUGGAUCGAUCACAACAAUGGCGCCAGAGGAAAGCGACGUACAAACAAAAAAUUGGGUAUCCUACGCACCUUGUUUACGGACGACUCGGAGGCCAUCAUCAAAGAUAUAAGAGAUGAUCCUAUCAUGGUCGAUAUUAUGGACGUUGCGAUAGAAUAUUUAGUCCAUGGAAUACGCGCAGAAUUUGGUGAGCUACGGCGGCUGUUUACAUUCGGCCAGUGGAAGGCCGACGAGGAUGUCAGGCAACUAGACAUGUCAAUGAUGGGAAAAGAGCUCUCUGAGCAUGCGCCACUAUUCACGAACCUGAUGACCGAACUAGCCUGCAACACCAGUGCCAUCAUGAACGGCUACGUACGCAAGGAAGAGGAGGGCUAUCUGGUGAUGCUGGCAUCGAUCUUGCUGCUGAAAUCGUCCAGGAACACCGCAAAUCGCUUUGCGCGUAUGCUGGGAUUCUAUCUCCAAGGCUCAGGCGUUAAGCGACGCACCAUAGAGGUGCCUGACGGUCUGGGAGUCACAGAGUGCUAUUGGACAUUAAGGAACACGACGACGGAUUUCGUAUAUAGAUGUCAUAUACAUACCUUCGUAUGA